AUGGCUCUUUUCAAUGCUGCCAAGUGUGAAGCUGAAGGAGAGUACCUGAGUAAACACGGGACGUGCCACCUGUGUGACGCGACCUGUCUGCAGUGCACAGGUCCGGAACGAGAGGACUGCACCAGCUGCCCUGCAACACGGUUCUUUGAUGAUGGACACUGCAACAUUCGCUGCCAGACAGGGCGUUACGCAAUGGGGCGGCAGUGCUAUCUCUGUCACCACACCUGCCAGGAGUGUGUUGAUGAGGGACCAGACAACUGCACCAGCUGUGACAGAGAUAAGUUUGGUGCACCAAGGUACCUCUUUCAGGGUCAGUGUCGGGAUGUCUGUCCGGAGAGUUUCUUCCACUCUGCAAGGAGACGGUGUGACCCCUGUCCUGCAGAAUGCAUCAUCUGUACAGCAGCAGAUCGCUGCCUCCACUGCAGCCCAGGAAACAAGCUCAGAAAUGGCCAGUGCGUCCCACUGGAGUGCGGUGCAGGUGAGGUUGCAGAUGCAGAGAAUGCGGACUGUCUCCACUGCGACGAGGGUUGCAAGCACUGUGAGCGCAAGGAUUCGGAAGAGCAGGACCAGGAAACCGUUUGCCUCAAAUGUGAAGAUGGUUACUACCAGUUAGGCACAGACUGCCAUCACUCCUGUCCAGAUCGGACCUACAGCUCAAACGACACCAUGGUGUGUGCUCCGUGUGAAGACAAACGAUGUGUGAUCUGUGACCUGUCCCAGUGCUACUGGUGCGAAGAUGGAUUCUACGUCUUCGAGGGAGAAUGUGUGGAUCGCUGUAAGGAAGGUUUCUUUGCGGAUGAGGAGAGCCGGGACUGUGAGCCUUGUCACCGUGCCUGUCGUACCUGCGGAGGACCACGAUAUGAUGACUGUGACUCUUGUGAGGACGGAUUCACGCUGGAGAAUGGGGAGUGUUUGGAGAGAAAAAAAUUGGCCACCUGCCCUGAGAAACACUUCAGAAACAAUAAGGACGAAUGUGAGCUGUGCCACUCCUCCUGUAAGACUUGCUCUGCUUCAGGGAAGGAGGACUGCAGGAGCUGCUCCUCAGGUCGAUUUUUGACUGCUCGACAGACGUGCAUGUCUCAUUGUCCAUCUGGUACAUUUGCCAACAAGGCAUCCAGCCAGUGUGAGGACUGCUCGAAAGGGUGUGUCAUCUGCCAGGACCCCCAGCAGUGCCACCGUUGUCGCAGUGGGCUUCACCUGCAAAAUGGAGUGUGUGUGGUGGAGUGUCAGAGAGGGUUUCCUCAAGCCGGUAAAUGCCAGCCGUGUGCCCCAGAGUGUGCAUCCUGUCAGGGAAACUCUUCUCACUGUCUAAGCUGUGAGGGGCAGCACUUCCUGCUGGACCACUCCUGCAGGUCACACUGUCCAAAGGGCUAUUAUACUGCAGACACAGAAUGCCGUCGCUGUCCAGCUCACUGUAAUGACUGCAAUCAGGACGGCCUCUGUAAGAAGUGUGCAGAUUACUACUUCCUCCAUGCGGAUAAGUGUGUGGAUGAUUGUCCCAAAGGCUACUUUGCCAGCGAGAAGCAACAGGAGUGUUUGCGUUGCCAUGCUGACUGUGCCUCGUGUGACGGACCAGGCUUUGAUGACUGUGAUCUGUGUCGCAACCCGAAAGCUGUCCGUUACAACGGGGAGUGUCUGGCUGAAUGUCCCACCAGCACUUAUUAUGAUGCGACUAUCAAUGAAUGCAGAGACUGUGACAGGACAUGUUUGACCUGCUCAGGCCAUGAGCCCUCAUCCUGCCUCAGCUGUGACUCCAACAGGCGGAAAGAUGCCAGCGGACACUGUGUGUGGUUCAGUCAGUGCUCUCUGCACUCAUACAUGGACCAGAAUGGGGAGUGCCAACAGUGUCACAAACUCUGCCAUGGCUGUUCUGGGCCAGGCAAAGACCACUGCCUCAACUGCCACGAGCCACACUUCCUACUGAACAGCACAUGUGUGCAGGAGUGUCCCGUGGGCUACUAUGCUGAGGACAGGGAUGAACGUGUGUGUGAGCGCUGUCACUUCAGCUGUAAGUCGUGUGUUGGCCGUCACAGUGUGCAGUGUGUCACCUGUAAACCUGGAUUCUUCAAGCUGGGAAGCAGCUGCGUCGAAACCUGUUCAGAAAGUCAUUUUGGCAACCCCAACACCAUGGUUUGCGAGCGCUGUGACCCCUCUUGCAGCCGGUGUUGGGGUCCCGGUAACAGAAACUGUCUGAGUUGUCGGGGAGGCUUCGUCUAUCUGAGGCAGUGGGGACGAUGCCUGCACAGCUGCCCUCCAAGCUACUACCAAGACAACAGGUCCAAGAAAUGUCUCAGGUGUCACCCAACUUGCAAGACCUGCAGCGAUAAAGUAGCUUUGGCCUGUCAGUCCUGUUAUGAAGGCUACACUUUUAUGAGUGGCAUCUGUGAGUCCCAGUGUCUUGUAGGCUUCUACGCCGCUUCACAGGGCUCUGAGUCCAAGAGCGAUAAGCCAAACUGCAAGGCGUGUCACUCGUCCUGCCUAGACUGCCGAGGUCCCAGUAUGUGGAACUGCACUGUGUGCCCUGCACUCCAGAUCUUGUCUGAUGAUGGCCGCUGCCUGAGUUGUUGUGGAAAUGAGACACGCUACGAUGAUAAACCAAUACCCAGGGAGUGCUGUGACUGCCAGGCCUCACGAGACGAGUGCAUCAUGGGUGUAAACUUUAUAGUGGGGACAGCUGAGGAUUUAGAGGCUAAAGGCCACCCCGCCAAACUCUUUGUUACCGUCUGUGUUCUAUUUGUCGUCUCCGUGGGCGGAGUGGUCUUCCUCUUCCUCAGUGCCCGAUCUAAAUCCCUUGCCAUCGCACCCAAAACCACAGCUGGAGGCUAUGAGAAACUGGACACCAAUGGAGGCGUCAUCUCACAAUCCACCACCCCCUCAUUUGGGGAGUACAGUGACCGAAUCAUUGGAUGUAAAGAUGAUGAGGAAGAAGAUGACGAUGAUAUUGUAUACAUGGCACAAGAUGGGACAGUGUAUAAGAAGUUCAAGUACGGACUCUUGGAUGAAGAUGAGAUUGAGCUGGAGUACGAUGACGAGAGCUACUCAUACAGAUGAAAAUGAAGCACAAAAGACCUGGACUGGACAGAAAAAAGCUCUUCCUUAUGUUCUUCUUCCUUGAAGUAUAAAUAUGUUGUGAAAAUUAUUUCUCGUUUAUGGAAAGUGCUUGGAAUAGAGAGGGGGACUGAGCAGUCUUU